CUUGAGAAUGGAACCACCAAAAAACAUUUGAUUGAUAGAUAAGUGAUUCUUCCCACCAAACCCAAACGCCUAAACGCCAAAAAGAUCAAAACUUCCUCAUUGUAUUUCACACAAAAUUUCUCCUUCCCUUACUCUUCUCUCUCCUUCUCUAACCCCCAUUUCUAUAAAACCCUAAUCCUUUCCUCCUCUAAACCUCGAACCCCUCGCCAUAUCCCUUCAUCUCUUACCUUCUUCCCCUUUCUCUGCAUUUCUGCUAAUGGAGUCGCUUCUGGUUCUCAAUUCCACCCCAUGCGCCGGUGACGCUUCCCCUUUGAACCUCCACAAGCCUGCUGCUGCUGCUGUUCCUCUCCGCUCCCGCCCCUCCUCGUCUCUGCGGCUUGAUCCUUUGAUGGGUUUUGGUGCUUGUAAGGUUUCCUUUGUUGCUAAUACUUUUCAGCGUAAUGGGUUUCUUUCGCCGUAUCGAAAGUGUACAUUGAGUCGACGGGUUCUGGCGUUUGCUGCGUCCCAUGAAGAGUCGCAUUCAGAAACUCAAGGGAAGAACGAAGGAAAAGAUUUAGAAUUUGAUGCUGAAAAGGCACAAGAGUUGUGGAAAAAUGCUUUAGAUUCCUUCAAGGAACAAGCUGUGAAGAUGAAAGCAAUUUCAAAGGAUGCGUAUGAUGAAUACUCUGAGAAAGCAUUAGUUGCUCUGAAUGAAACUUCAAAGCUUUUGAAAAUUCAAGCUGAUAAGGCAAAGGAUGAUUUGGCUUUAAUAGUGCAAGAAUUCAGUGAAGAAAGUAAAGAAUAUAUUGCCACUGCCACAGAGCGUUAUCCUGAAGAAAUCAAGGAGAUUGUGGAAACAUUUACUUCUCCCACUGACGACUUAAGUGAUAUUUCAAAAGUUCAUGAAUUCUAUUAUGGGAUACCAUACGGACUGGUUCUUUCUGUUGGUGGUUUUGUUUCCUUCAUGCUAACGGGAAGUCUUGCUGCAAUUAGAUUUGGAGUGAUACUUGGUGGUGGUUUGUUGGUGUUGAGUAUUUUGAGCUUACAGUCGUACAAAAGAGGACAAUCACUUCCACUUGCUCUGAAGGGGCAAGCAGUGAUUGCAAGUGUUCUAUUUCUUAGAGAGUUGCGCUUGCUGUUUCAGAGACCAUCAUUUUUUAGUCUUCUGACUACUUUGAUCAGUGCAACUAUGGUCACACUAUAUUUCUAUAGGAUCGCUCUGAAUGCUCGCAUCAAAAAAGGAAAAGAUUUCAGGACAGAAUGAAAUCUAGUCAGGAGAAAGUUCACCAAAUCUCCAUAUCUUCAUGAUCUGAAAACCACAGUUAGCAUACUUGAAGAAAAUAGUUUCUGCUUGUUCAGUUAAAAAGAAAACUUGGAAAGAAAUGGUAUGAUGCUGCUAAGGCUAAGAGUUCCAAGGAAGUAGACCAUGAGGUUGAAUUUCGAUUGGGAAAAAGGGUAUGGAAAUUUGGAUUAUGAUUAAGUUUGAUGGUAGGGUAGUAUUUUACAUUUAUGUUUUGCUAGCUGGUUUUUAAGAGCAUCAAAGAAAUGGAUUUAAUAUCUCUUUCUUUCUUUCUUUCUUUCUUUCUUUCCUUCCUUUCUUUUUGAGAGUUCAUUUUUCUCUUUUAUUGAGUGUCGACAAGAGACACAACAAUGUGAAGGAGCCAGCUGAGUGGAAGAGAUGGUUGAAAAAAACUGGCAACUCCCAAGUAAAUUUGAAUGUGUUUUAACGUUUUGUUGACUCCAAUUGUACUAAAAAUAAUUGUAAAACUGUUGAGAGAAAUGAAUCCACGUGAUUUAAUGUGGUUUCCUAA